CAAAAUAAAAUCUAUGGAAAAUUAUAAGAAAAACAGAAGAUAGUAGAAUUGUCACUGGUUUCAAAGCAGCCAAGAAUCUAGGGUCUGCUGAAAAUAUCUGAUCUGGCCUUAUUUUACAUGACACUCUGCUAAAACAUUUUCCUCUGAGCUAAGAUUGUGGUGUGGUAUUGAAUGAAUCAAAAACAAGUUCAUCAGAGAACAAAAGUAUAGAGAUUUCAUAGGCCUAAGCUUAUGAAUAAUUUGGGAUCUAGUUUUAUGGCAUACUCAUUAGGGGGAAAAAAAUCAAACAACUCAAGUUUCCAUAAUAGCUUUUUGUUUCUCAGCAGCUCUGAAUAAUGUACUUUUUACAAAGUAAAAAUGAUCCGAUAACUUUUAUUUAUUGUUACUCUGAAUAUUGUGUGUCUUCCCUAACUGUGGAAAUAUUGUAGGGCUAGAUCUUAGUUAUGCCUAAUUCACAACCAUAUGUAGAGCACAUUUGCAGUAGCCAUGGUCUGAAGCCACUCUUCAGUCCUGGAUGAACAGGGGUUAGUCAUGGUCCAGUGGGCUUUGUCCUUGAGAUGAGGGAGCCACGAAGCUUGGUUAGUGCCCUGUGUUUGCGCCUCAUUCUCUCAGGUCAAGCCUUCAUUGUGUUACAGUGUUGUUCUGUUGGAGAGGCUACUACUGUACAAUCCAGGCACUGCAGAUUUCUAAUCUGCUUAUUUAUAAUUCAAAAGCUUGCCUAUAUAUUAAUGAACCCUUAAUGAGCUGUUGAGAAUGCCUGAAUUACAGUCAGAUUAUUAAACUCAAACAGCCCCGUAAUCAUACCAUUUGAGUGGGCUUUAGGUACUUUUCACAUCUGCAGCUUAGUAUUGUGAAGGGCAUGCGUUUAUUCGGAGAAAGCUUUGUAAUAAUUUUGACCCGUAAUUUAUUUAUUGCCCUCCGAAUGCAGUCGUCUAUGCAGAUGCUCUCUCCCAUUAUCUGUGGGGCAGGUGCACAGCAUGUUGAAAGACAGCUAAUUAGGAUUUGCUGAAAGAUAUGCAAAAACUGUGGGCUUAUAACAAAGCCAAGUUCAUUGUUAAACAAUGUUUUACUGUGUUUGUAUGAUUUGUCUAAAUCUUAGGGAUACUGAAAUGAAUGUUGUGGUUAUAAGUAGAUUGCAAUUAGGGUUGUUGUUUUUUAAGUUUAUAAUGCUAUAAUAACUAAGGAGCCUAGAUGUAAACUUUAUAAAUCUCUAUAAAUGUUCCAGUAUACGUUUUUGGAUUAAAAACAAGAAUGGCCAAUUUUUAAAUUAUUAUUUUCCCAAGGUUCAAUUUGAAAGUAUCAAAUCUUUUGAUAGAAAAACAGUCCCAUUCAUUCUGGCCCUUGGAAAUUUAGGUUUAUUAAAAUGUGUAGAGGUGCCCACAGGAGAAGAUGUGCCGACUGGAAGCCGUGUGUGACUGUGGCAGUUUAGUAGGCUAAGUAACAGUGAGUGAAUAGGUAGGUAGGAUGACGAAUAAAAUAGUAACUUAAAUGUAAAGUAAGAAAAUAAAUAAAAAUAUUCAAAUAAAAAAUAAUUUUGGAAACUAGGUAUUGCUAUUUAAAGAUCUAUGAUCAUGACUUGGCUUAAUAAAGAAAAAAAUUUGAUUCACUUUUCCAACUAUAGUUAUGAAAAUGACUUCAGUAUUGAUAAAUAGCUUUCUCAAUGUUACCUAAUUGCAAACUGCUCUAGUACUUUUCAUCCAAAGGAGUAUGAACUUUUUGUUGGGAAAUGAUUUUCUGGUUAGCUUUGAUGCACAUAAUUUAUAAAGUAAAUGCAGAAGGAUUGCAUUAAAACAUUUUUUCCUGUAGUUGAAGCAAACACUGAAGUGUUGAUUUACUUAUGAUUUUAGAAGUAAGAGAUAUUAUUCAUCACAAGGGGAAAAUGUUAGACCAGCUGAAAAUACAUACUUAUUUUUAUUUGUGUCUACUACUAUUGAGUUUAAGGGGUUGCUUGUUAUUGGUAUGGUGGUGUUGGUUUAUAUACGUAUUAGGUAUGUAUAAAAGUGGCAUAGAUGGCUAAUUAGUUGUGUCUUUUGCAUUUCUUCCUGAUGAAUUUCCUUCUUCUGUCUCCCUUAUAGUCUGUCUGCUUCCUUGUGUAUUAGUCAUUGAGCAUCUUCUCUUGUUUGCCACACUUGUGCAGGGAAGAGUAAUAAUUUUGACUAUGGAUGUUGAUCUGCUAUUAAAGAACCUCACCAAAUGUCCAUAGGAAAAGAGCGAUAUGUGUCUCAGCAUCAGAGGAGCCCAGGAGGAGGACCCUCCCGAUCCCCAGCUAAUGAGACUGGACAAUAUGCUUUUGGCAGAAGGGGUUUCAGGUCCUGAGAAAGGUGGGGGAUCGGCGGCAGCAGCUGCAGCCGCGGCAGCCUCUGGAGGUUCUUCAGAUAACUCUAUUGAACACUCAGAUUACAGAGCCAAAUUGACCCAGAUCAGACAAAUCUAUCACACAGAACUGGAGAAAUAUGAACAGGCAUGUAAUGAAUUCACCACACAUGUGAUGAACCUUCUCCGAGAACAGAGUAGAACACGUCCCAUUUCCCCAAAAGAGAUUGAAAGAAUGGUGGGCAUCAUCCAUCGAAAAUUUAGUUCCAUUCAGAUGCAGCUCAAACAAAGCACUUGUGAAGCAGUUAUGAUUUUAAGAUCAAGGUUCCUUGAUGCCAGACGAAAAAGGCGUAACUUCAGUAAACAGGCCACAGAAAUCUUGAAUGAAUAUUUUUACUCACACCUCAGCAACCCCUACCCCAGUGAAGAAGCCAAAGAGGAGCUGGCCAAGAAAUGCAGCAUCACAGUGUCACAGGUAUCCAACUGGUUUGGCAACAAACGAAUCAGGUACAAGAAAAAUAUCGGCAAGUUUCAGGAAGAAGCCAACCUCUACGCUGCAAAGACAGCUGUGACAGCCGCACACGCAGUCGCCGCAGCUGUGCAGAACAACCAGACCAAUUCGCCCACCACGCCAAAUUCCGGUUCUUCUGGUUCUUUUAACCUCCCAAAUUCUGGGGACAUGUUCAUGAACAUGCAGAGUCUGAAUGGGGAUUCUUACCAAGGGUCCCAAGUCGGAGCCAAUGUGCAAUCACAGGUGGAUACCCUCCGUCAUGUUAUCAAUCAGACGGGAGGCUACAGUGAUGGCCUUGGAGGAAAUUCACUGUACAGUCCACAUAAUUUAAAUGCUAAUGGAGGCUGGCAGGACGCGACAACUCCAUCUUCUGUGACUUCUCCUACAGAAGGCCCAGGAAGUGUGCACUCUGAUACCUCUAACUAAUCUCUGGCGACGCUUUUCCCCGAGCUGACAUGCCUUGAGAAGUGCAUUCAGAGCAAUAGGAGGAAAGGAAAGCGUUUUCGUAGCCCACCAUCUACAGCUUUACUGUAAAACCUUGUCUUCUUAGAGAACUUGGAAAAUCUGUUUUUUAAGGAAUCAUAAUCAUUUGUAUUUAUAUAAAAACACACAAUGUUAAAAAAGCACUUUAUCCAAUUAGGCCAAGAUUUAACAUUGUUGACAGUCCUGUAGCUAUUUUAUCAUAAUUUAUUAUCAAUAUUUUACAUUAAUGGUUUCACAGUUGCCAAUUACUUGGCCUUAAGGGUAAAAAAAGUACAAUGUAUGCUAAACCUCAAUCGUUAAAGCAGAUGCAAAGAUUCACCUCACCUAAAUUGAACUUCUCGCAUAUUUCCAUCGCAGACUGAUUGUCUGUCUUUCAUAUCGCUAAUGGAGUUGGAGUAAAGGAGCUGUUUGGCGAUCUCUGUUAAUGAUGGUUGUGUUUAAGAAUCUUCCUCGUCACAUUUGUGUUGCGAUCUCUUAUGUUAUAAUUAGAUCAGAGACUGGUAGCAUCUUUUCUCUCUCUGAAAGCACCAGUGCCCAGCGUCUGCUUGGUAAUUAAAUUACGGAUCCAGAUCGUUCCGAGAGAUGAAGAUACUCGCUGCUGAUAGAGGUGAACAGGCGAUCCGCCGGGUUUUACGGUGUGCGCUGGGUGCUGCACAGACUUGUCAAGGUUUGCUACGUCCUCUGGGCAUCGACGAAAGGCCCUGCUCUCUGGAGUGUUGUAUAUAGUGUAGCAAAAGAGUAUUUAUACAUCUCACCAAUCAAAACACAGCUUUAUUACCUCAUGCGAACUCAUCCAAACCAAUAGACUUUCAACAUGUUCUGUAGCUUAGAGUGCUCACCUACUACCUCUGAACAAUACUCACGCUGUAGUUUGUCUCUUUCUUAUCUUUUUGCAUCUUGUAAUUAACUCUUUGUUUCCCUUCAUAAAAUGUAAUGUACAUUGUAAUCUUUUAAAAGAAAAAUCAGGGUUGCAUUUGCAACUUUUAAAAAAACCGAGAGUGGAAACAUUGGGUCUUAAAUUCACACAGGAUCAGUAAAACUGUUGUAAAUACUGAGAAACAUUUUGAAUGUUCUUCAUCUUGUUACUAAUCCAUGCAAAAAAAAAAAAAAAAGCAGCGACUAAUUGUGAUGCAUUCAGAUUUCAGUAUUCAGUACUGUAUAUUUCACCCUGUGUAAUGGGGCCCCCUCUCUCCUUUCUCUUUUUGUAUUGUAUGCGAUUCUGAAACUGAUUGAGUCAUGAAAAUAAUUUGUGGCGGUGAUUCUAACGUAUUAAAAACGUUUCGUGUUCCUUUCUAACUGGAUUACACCCUGGAUUGAAAAGGUCUUCCUCGUGGUAGUUAUAUGUAGUUUCAAACAUGAAUAAACUUUUUGCUUUCAUGAUUAAA